CGAGCGUGCGGGCGAGGAAGCUGGGCGGGGGGCCGAGACGGGGGCCGGGACGACGGCUGGGGCGCCGGGGUCGCCAGCUCCUCGCCCACCUCCCUCCCUGUGGGAGAAGAGGAGGAGGGGAAGUGACUGCGGAGUUGAUGAACUUUGCACAUCCAGAAACGCCAUUUUGAUUCCUUUUCCGGAACAAGUUUGCAUCUCUCCUCGGUCUCUCCCUGAAGCCCACCGGUCCCCAACGCAUCAUGCCUGGGAGCCAAGCGUCCUGCCCGGCCUACCUAAAGAGAUGGAAUGUGACACACCCAGAGAAUGAGGCACUGGAGGGGCCUAUGAACUUGAGAAGGCCAGGAGCAGCAGGGUCCCUUCAUCCCAGUGCUUAGCUUUGCCAGUGCUAAGUGGGAAGCAGAAGUCACUGAGCUCCUUAGCAAGUUGCUCCAACUGUGUGUUCCAGGAGUGGUGGCUCUGAGGUGUGACCCUGCCCACGUUUGGGCCCAGCCAGGUUCAGCCCCCCAAUAAGGAGGGCAGCUUGAUAACACAGAAAACAGUGUCAACGAGUACUACCAAGAGAAGAAGACAAGAGGUCAACACAGACUCAUUUUCUACUCCGUGUGAAUGAUAGCUACAGCAGGGGAAAGUUUCAUAGUCUGUCAGUGGGUCAGAAAAUGGAGUUUUAUAGCAGAGGCUUCUUAGAAGCUUAAACCCCUGCCCCAAUGACGUCAAGUUCGCCCGUUGGCUUGGAAGGUUCAGACCUAUCUUCCAUCAACACCAUGAUGUCGGCGGUCAUGAGUGUAGGGAAGGUCACAGAGAAUGGCGGGAGCCCCCAGGGGAUCAAGUCCCCCUCGAAGCCUCCAGGACCAAAUCGGAUUGGCAGAAGGAACCAGGAAACGAAAGAGGAGAAGUCUUCCUAUAACUGCCCCCUGUGUGAGAAGAUUUGCACUACCCAGCACCAGCUGACCAUGCACAUUCGCCAGCACAACACAGACACUGGAGGAGCCGACCACUCAUGCAGCAUCUGCGGAAAGUCACUGAGCUCGGCCAGCUCCCUCGAUCGCCACAUGCUGGUGCACUCUGGCGAGAGGCCUUACAAGUGCACUGUGUGUGGCCAGUCAUUUACCACCAAUGGGAACAUGCACAGACAUAUGAAGAUCCAUGAGAAGGACCCUAACAGUGCCACAGCCACAGCCCCUCCAUCUCCUCUGAAACGUAGGCGAUUGUCCUCCAAGAGGAAACUGAGUCACGAUGCCGAGUCAGAGAGAGAAGACCCAGCACCAGCUAAAAAGAUGGUAGAAGACGGGCAGUCAGGUGACUUGGAGAAGAAAGCUGAUGAAGUCUUUCACUGCCCAGUAUGUUUCAAGGAGUUUGUUUGCAAGUAUGGACUGGAGACCCACAUGGAGACCCAUUCAGAUAACCCACUAAGAUGUGACAUUUGUUGUGUCACCUUUCGAACACAUCGAGGACUGCUGCGUCACAACGCGCUUGUCCACAAACAACUUCCCAGGGAUGCAAUGGGCAGACCUUUCAUACAGAACAACCCUUCGAUUCCUGCUGGCUUCCACGACUUAGGAUUCACGGACUUCUCCUGUAGGAAGUUUCCUCGCAUUUCUCAGGCCUGGUGCGAAACAAACCUGCGGAGGUGCAUCAGCGAGCAACACCGUUUUGUCUGCGACACCUGUGACAAGGCGUUCCCCAUGCUCUGCUCACUGGCUCUGCACAAGCAGACCCACGUGGCGGCAGACCAGGGUCAAGAAAAGCCGCAGGCCACGCCCCUGCCUGGUGACGCCCUGGACCAGAAGGGCUUCCUGGCCUUGCUUGGCCUGCAGCACACCAAAGACGUCAGGCCUGCCCCCGCCGAGGAGCCCCUGCCGGAUGACAACCAGGCAAUUCAGCUCCAGACACUCAAGUGUCAGCUACCUCAGGACCCCGGCUGCACCAACCUGCUGAGCCUGUCACCUUUCGAAGCUGCUUCCCUAGGCGGUUCUCUCACAGUUCUCCCCGCAACCAAGGACAGCAUAAAGCACCUGUCCCUGCAGCCCUUCCAGAAGGGCUUCAUCAUCCAGCCUGACAGCAGCAUUGUGGUCAAGCCCAUCUCUGGCGAGUCGGCCAUCGAGCUGGCAGACAUCCAGCAGAUUCUGAAGAUGGCGGCCUCGGCUCCCCCUCAGAUCAGUCUUCCGCCCUUCUCCAAGGCCCCCGCCGCCCCACUGCAGGCGAUCUUCAAGCACAUGCCCCCUCUGAAGCCAAAGCCCCUGGUCACACCACGGACGGUGGUGGCCACCUCCACGCCCCCGCCUCUCAUCAACGCCCAGCAGGCUUCCCCGGGCUGUAUCAGCCCCAGCCUGCCGCCACCACCCCUGAAGCUCCUCAAAGGCUCAGUGGAGGCGGCCUCCAAUGCCCACCUGCUGCAGUCCAAGUCCGGGACCCAGCCCAACGCGGCCACGCGGCUCUCCCUGCAGCAGCCGCGGGCGGAGCUGCCGGGCCAGCCUGAGAUGAAGACGCAGCUGGAGCAGGACAGCAUCAUCGAGGCCCUGCUGCCGCUGAGCAUGGAGGCCAAGAUCAAGCAGGAGAUCACAGAGGGGGAUCUCAAGGCCUUCAUGACAGCGCCCAGCGGCAAGAAGACGCCCGCCAUGCGCAAAGUGCUCUACCCUUGCCGCUUCUGCAACCAGGUGUUUGCCUUCUCGGGGGUCUUGCGUGCCCACGUGCGCUCCCACCUGGGCAUCUCGCCAUACCAGUGCAACAUCUGCGACUACAUCGCCGCCGACAAGGCCGCGCUCAUCCGCCACCUGCGCACGCACAGUGGGGAGCGGCCCUACAUUUGCAAGAUCUGCCACUACCCCUUCACUGUCAAAGCCAACUGCGAGCGGCACCUGCGCAAGAAGCACCUCAAGGCCACCCGCAAGGAUAUCGAGAAGAACAUCGAGUAUGUGAGUAGCAGCGCGGCCGAGCUGGUGGACGCCUUCUGCGCCCCGGACACCGUGUGCCGGCUGUGCGGCGAGGACCUCAAGCACUAUCGUGCCCUGCGCAUCCACAUGCGCACGCACUGCGGCCGCGGCCUUGGCGGGGGCCAUAAGGGCCGCAAGCCCUUCGAGUGCAAGGAGUGCAGCGCCGCGUUCGCGGCCAAGCGCAACUGCAUCCACCACAUCCUCAAGCAGCACCUGCACGUGCCCGAGCAGGACAUCGAGAGCUACGUGCUGGCCGCCGACGGCCUGGGCCCCGCAGAGGCGCCGGCCGCUGAGGCGUCGGGGCGCGGGGAGGACAGUGGCUGCGCUGCCCUUGGUGACUGCAAGCCCCUCACUGCCUUCCUGGAACCCCAGAACGGCUUUCUUCACAGGGGCCCCACCCAGCCUCCACCUCCCCAUGUCUCGAUCAAGUUGGAGCCCGCCAGUAGCUUUGCGGUGGACUUCAAUGAGCCCCUGGACUUCUCUCAGAAGGGCUUGGCACUGGUCCAAGUGAAGCAGGAAAACAUCUCCUUUCUGAGCCCUUCUUCCCUGGCCCCCUAUGACUGCUCCAUGGAGCCCAUUGACCUGUCCAUCCCCAAGAACUUCAGGAAAGGGGACAAGGAUUUGGCCACUCCCAGCGAAGCCAAGAAGCCUGAGGAGGAGGCGGGGAGCAGCGAGCAGCCCUCUCCCUGCCCGGCACCCGGCCCUUCUCUUCCAGUAACUUUGGGGCCGAGUGGAAUCCUGGAAAGCCCCAUGGCCCCUGCGCCGGCGGCCACCCCGGAACCCCCAGCACAGCCCCUGCAGGGCCCUGUUCAGCUGGCGGUCCCAAUCUACUCCUCAGCCCUGGUCAGCAGCCCUCCACUCGUGGGCAGCUCAGCCCUCCUGAGUGGCACAGCCUUGCUGCGUCCACUGCGGCCCAAGCCCCCCCUGCUUUUGCCAAAGCCCCCCGUGACAGAAGAGCUGCCCCCGCUGGCCUCCAUUGCCCAGAUCAUCUCAUCUGUAUCCUCGGCCCCCACCCUGCUGAAAACCAAGGUGGCGGACCCAGGGCCCUCAAGCACUGGCGGUAACACCACGGCUUCAGACAGCUUAGGAGGUUCUGUCCCCAAAGCCGCCACCCCCGCUGCCACCACCAGCCCAAAAGAGUCUAGUGAGCCUCCCGCUCCAGCCAGCAGCCCAGAGGCUGCCUCUCCCACCGAGCAGGGCCCAGCGGGCACGUCGAAGAAGAGGGGCCGGAAAAGGGGGAUGAGGAGCCGACCCCGCGCCAACAGCGGCGGGGUGGACCUGGACUCCAGCGGGGAGUUUGCCAGCAUCGAGAAGAUGCUGGCCACCACAGACACCAACAAAUUCAGUCCGUUUCUGCAGACAGCGGAGGACAACACUCAGGAUGAGGUGGCCGGAGCCCCUGCCGACCACCAUGGGCCCAGUGAUGAAGAGCAGGGCAGUCCCCCAGAAGACAAGCUGCUGAGGGCCAAGCGGAACUCGUACACCAACUGCCUGCAGAAGAUCACCUGUCCCCACUGUCCCCGGGUUUUCCCUUGGGCCAGCUCCCUACAGAGGCACAUGCUCACACACACUGGUCAGAAACCCUUCCCUUGUCAAAAAUGCGAUGCCUUCUUUUCUACCAAAUCUAACUGUGAACGCCACCAGUUGCGCAAACACGGAGUUACCACCUGUUCCCUGAGAAGAAACGGGCUUAUCCCCCAGUCCAAAGAGAGUGAUGUUGGAUCCCAUGAUAGCACAGACAGUCAGUCGGAUGCGGAGACUGCAGCCGCCGCGGGCGAAGUGCUAGAUCUCACCUCACGGGACAGAGAGCAGCCGUCGGAGGGCGCCACUGAGCUCCGCCAGGUCGCAGGGGAUGCGCCUGUGGAGCAGGCCAAGGCGGAAACGGCCUCGCCGGUGCACCGGGAAGAGCACGGGCGUGGGGAGAGCCAUGAGCCGGAGGAGGAGCAUGGCACUGAGGAGAGCACUGGGGACGCCGACGGCGCGGAAGAGGACGCGUCGAGCAACCAGAGCCUGGACCUGGACUUCGCCACCAAGCUCAUGGACUUCAAGCUGGCAGAGGGCGACGGCGAGGCAGGCGCCGGGGGCGCGGCCUCGCAGGAGCAGAAGCUCGCCUGCGACACCUGUGGGAAGAGCUUCAAGUUCCUGGGCACCCUGAGCCGCCACCGGAAGGCGCACGGCCGCCAGGAGCCCAAGGACGAGAAGGGAGAUGGCGCCAGCACUGCAGAGGAGGGGCCCCAGCCCGCCCCUGAACAGGAGGAGAAGCCCCCCGAGACCCCGGCAGAGGUGGUGGAGUCGGCCCCGGGUGCCGGGGAGGCCCCGGCGGAAAAGCCCGCGGAGGAGACGGAGGGCCCCUCCGACGGGGAGAGCGCGGCCGAGAAAAGGUCCUCAGAGAAGAGCGACGAUGACAAGAAACCAAAGACAGACUCCCCCAAAAGCGUGGCCAGCAAGGCAGACAAGAGGAAGAAGGUCUGCAGCGUGUGCAACAAGCGGUUCUGGUCGCUGCAGGACCUGACCCGGCACAUGCGCUCCCACACAGGGGAAAGGCCAUACAAAUGUCAGACCUGCGAGCGAACCUUCACCUUGAAGCACAGCCUGGUUCGCCACCAGCGGAUCCACCAGAAAGCCAGGCAUGCCAAACACCACGGGAAGGACAGCGACAAGGAAGAGCGGGGUGAGGAGGAUAGCGAGAACGAGUCCACCCACAGCGGCAACAAUGCCGUCUCAGAGAACGAGGCUGAGCUGGCUCCUAAUGCCAGCAACCACAUGGCCAUCACCCGGAGCCGGAAGGAGGGCUUGGCCAGUGCCACCAAGGACUGCAGCCACAGGGAGGAGAAGGUCACGGCAGGAUGGCCGUCUGAGCCUGGCCAGGGUGACCUUAACCCAGAGAGCCCGGCGGCCCUGGGGCAGGACCUGCUGGAGCCGCGCAGCAAGAGGCCUGCCCACCCAACCCUGGCCACAGCUGAUGGCGCCUCCCAGCUCGUGGGGAUGGAGUGACAGCCUCAGUCCCCCUCAGCACAGACAAAAGCCAGCAGAGCAAAGCGUCUAUACUUCAUGGGGUUUCCUCAGUGCCCUUUGGCUGUUGAGGAGUAAGAGAGAGAGAGAGUGAGAGAGACAAGCAGGAGCGUGGCUGCUCGCUCAGUGCCAUAGCCUUACCGCAGCCUGCGCGGGAGGCCACGGCCCGUGCCGAUUCCAGUGCCUUAACUACUUACCGGAUCCCUCCAUAUUAUCAUGGGUGUUGUAUUUUUCCAAAAUGACUUCUUAAACAAAACAAAUAUUAUAAUGAAUUGUCUGGAGAGGACCUCUUCAUUUGAGCAUUAGCGUUAUUUUGUAUUGGUGUGUGUGAGCUUGUUCUUGUGAAUCUGUGAUAGCACCGUUUGUUCUGUGAGCUGGAAACAGAAGGAAAAAACAUACCCUUGGGUACCCAUAGCCAAUAACUGGAAGAAAAUGAUGUGAAUUUCAUGUAAAUGACCAGAGGAAAGAUGGAUAAGAUGAUAAUUUCUUCAAUAGACAUUUUCCUUUUUUCUUUGUGCUUCAUGGUGGAGCUGUCAUCUGGUCCUUGGUAUUACAGGAUGUGGUUGAUGAAGGUUUCCAAUAUGGUUUCAAGCCAAAACCAGGAAAGAUUCUAGCGUCAGCCUCAUGUCCAUCUCCAGUCUGUCAGCAUUAGACAUGGUCACUGUUCAAGUUUCAAGACAUCCAUUCUUAAUAUAGAGAAGAGUUACUCCCCUGGCAUCUUAACCUAUGGAAAACAUGCACGGAUAGGAUAUAUUUGAUUGCCUCCUCUUCCCUUUCAGUAUAUGUAUUAUUAAUAUUAUUAUUAUUAUUAUUAUUAGUUCAUCAGUUUGCUGUUCUCUGCAGUGAGCAGAAUCAAAUGGGCAAUAUUUGUCCUGGGAGACCUGUGCCGCACCCAGGUCCCCAUGUUAACGUGUGCCUGCGGUUGUGGUUGGCACCCUCGGGUGGUAGCUCUUCUACUGUAAUGAGACAAGCCUUUCUUCUGUCACUGCAGAAUUUAGAAGGGGCCGUGAGCAGUCUUCCCAAGCAUGGUCCAGGAGCAGCUCAGAGAGGGUGGAGUGAGGAUGCAUGCAUCCAGGGAACAGGCAUCAAGAAGCCAGGGCCGUGCCUGGAGCACUGCAGAGAUGACUUUGGAGAAAGCAAAGCAGUGACCCAGUGACCAGGCACGUUACUCGUGAGCGAGGUAUUCCCAGUCUUCCUGCUAAGCCUAAUCCAAGCCUUACCCAGCUGUGCUACUGUCAUUUGCAAAGCGAGGAAAUACUACUACUGGUAAUAAAACUACACAUGCAAGAUGUCAGAUGAGAAAUAGGUUUAUAUUUACCUUCCUGCAAUGUGGGGUUGGUGCUUGAAGAUAAAUGUGCUGUUUCUAGUUUCUUAAAUAGCCCAAACCCCUGGAUGCAAAAAGGCAGGGUUAUUUUUACCCAUGAGCAUCCUAUGCAGGCAAUAGACUUCCCUCACUGUCCCCGCCUGCAGGGAGGAGAAUGUACCCCACUGCACCUGAGCUCCUGGUCCCUCAGCCAAGACCUCAGGGGUCCCCAGCCAGCCUGCUGCUGGGGACCCCUGUGCUUGCUGCAGUGUGUGGAGCCUCUUGCCUUCCCCUGGGGAGGCACCCCUGUACCCCAACUUCCUUCCCCUGGCCUUUUCUGGCCCCAGUGCUCCUCCUUUACAUAGACUUGUUCGCACAGAAACGUGCACGCCCCCUUUUCUCCGCCACUUCACCAAUUUCUGAAAUCCAACCUCCCAGACUUCACAGGAAGAUAGAUAUUCUUGAGAUAAUGAAAAGUGAUAUCUUCGCAUACGAAAGGAAAAAAGGUUGAGGUAUAUAUGAUUUUUAACUGUAUUAGGGAUGUAUGAACCAGUUUAAAAACGAGGUUUUAUUUACUGUAGAGAUGAAUGCAAAUCAGAACCAAUGAUCCCUUGGUCUACUUAGUUAAAACCAGUUCAUACAUCCCUUAGGGUUUUUUUUUAUUAUUAUUAUUACAGUUGUUAUUGUUGUUUUUGUUGUUAUUAUUAUUUGGGGUUUCUUGUGUUUUUUCUUUGCGACUCUCCACACUAAACUUGCAAUAUUGUGGGGAGAAGCUGUGACUAAACUCUACGCUGCGGUGAGAUGUAGCAGUAAUCAGCUCCCAGCGACGUGUGUAGCCGGGGCUGCCGCUCGCAAUAAUCACUAUUGAUUUAAAGCUUUACUUAGCCUUGAUCUGCACCCUCGUAGUCAAUAAGGUCUUGCCACAUUUUAUUAGUGAAGUGGAGAAACGUAUUAUUUGUUUGUUGUUUUUGCCCUUCCCCCACCCCCCAAUAUUAAACUGUGAAAUUUGUGAUUUGUUUAAACUCUGGGUGAAUCAUAGCUUAGUUUGCAUGUCCAGCUAAUUUGUUUCUAUACAUUUUGUUUGAUUCUCUUUCUCCUCUCAGGGCUUUUACAAAAAAAUAUAUAUAUAUGGAUCUUCUGAAAAGUUUUUUGAGGUGCAAGUUUUUUCUCUUGUUUUUUUUUUUCUCAUUGAUUAAUGGACAUCAUGCUGAGAUUCAAUCACUACAUGCAACACCUGGCUGUGAAAACAAAACAACCCAGAGGGCUGCGUUCCAAGCAGCGCUGGGGAAGCUACGAGACAGUCGGAUGCCAGUUUCGGGAGGAUUCACCAUACGUUCUGACCCUCUGUUCGUCUCUUUCCUCUCCUCUUUCUUCAAGAAGGAAAUUGAUCCUAGUGAUUUCAGCCCAUGCAUUAAACAGGAAACAAUAAUAAAUUUGUAGAAUUCAUAUUUUUCUAAAGGGAACUUAAAAACUGCUGCUACAUGUUAUGUACAAAACUGGUUUAUGCCACAUGAACAGAGAAUCACAAGUUUGGUUUUGGUACUUUUUGUUCCUCUUUGUAUUCAGUUGUAUAGAACUUCCAAAUUCAGAAUGAGAAGAAAGCUGUUCUGUAUCAAACCAUCUAAGCAAUAAAUGUUAUAUUUUAAAAGCGGCAGAUUGCCGGUCA